AGAAACCCAGGAGCGAAGGGGAGAGCAGGUGUGAUGUUUGUGCGGCCCACCUGAACCAGCUGAAACAAGAAGCCAUCCAGGCCAUCCACAACUUCGACCCAGCUGGCUGUCAAGAUGCAGUGGACCCUCCCCAAAGUGCUGUGGCAUUGGCUGCCAUGCUGCCGAGGCUGAGCCCCCAGAAUGUGGUUGCCGUGUCAUCUCAAAGGGACUUGUCUCUUGUGGCUGGGCAGGUAGGCAGACAGUCUGGCAAAACAACGGGCCUUUUCUCCACGGCAGAAAGGAAGAAGGGAAUUGGGUGGCCACAAGCCGCGAGCAGUUUCCCAAACUCCAGCGUUCAAGUGACUGUGGCUCCCAGUGGCCUUAGCGGGGCGUUGAGCUCAGUAACGAUCCAGGCACAGCAGUACCUCGAGGGGAUGUGGAGUAUCUCCAGGGUGAACAGCUUUCUUCCUCAAGCGUGUCUGGAAGCAACAACAGGCGAGUGUGGAAAAGAAGGUUCAAACAUUCAGGUCGCCUCAGGACAGAACAACUCUGACCAAAACGGGACUGGCAGUUCUUUAGCCAAUCAAAGUUUGGCUACUCCUGCUGGCGUCUCUGCAGGUACUUCAGCUGCGGCGUCGUUCUUCAUAAGAGCCGCCCAGAAACUUAACCUGUCCUCAAAGAGAAAGAAGCAUCACCCGCCGCUGCUGCACCCCCACGACUUCUCCAUCUACGCCACAAAUUUUUGUGGCAUCCUGCAGAUGUGUCCCCCUCCAGCACCGCCAUGCCUUUUGAGAGCUGUGUCGAAAAUCAAGGAUAACCCGGGGAUCGGAAAGGUGAAAGUGAUGGUGAGAAUUUGCCCCUCUCAAGGAACACACGACACGUCAGAAUCCAUGUCGUUUCUGAAGGUGGAUCCACGGAAAAAACAGAUCACACUUUAUGACCCGUCUACAAGUGGCCCUUCCAAUGCAGGUCACCGAAGAGGAGCUGUGGCUGUCCCAAAGAUGUUUGCCUUUGAUGCGGUAUUCCCACAGGAUGCUUCCCAGGCUGAGGUGUGCUCUGGAACAGUAGCAGAAGUAAUCCAGUCUGUCGUGAACGGGGCAGAUGGUUGCAUCUUUUGCUUUGGUCAUGUCAAGCUUGGCAAAUCUUACACGAUGAUUGGAAAAGAUAACUCCACGCAGAGCCUCGGCAUAGUCCCCUGUGCUAUCUCAUGGCUUUUCAAAUUAAUCAAUGAGCGCAAGGAAAAGACGGGCACUCGUUUCUCGAUUCGUGUGUCUGCUGUAGAGAUCAGUGGCAAAGAUGAAAACCUUCAGGAUUUGUUAGCAGAAGUCGCCUCUGGCAGUCUUCAGGACGGGCAGUCCCCUGGGGUUUAUCUUCGAGAGGAUCCGAUAUGUGGAACGCAGCUUCAAAAUCAAAGCGAAUUAAGGGCCCCGACAGCUGAGAAAGCUGCUUUUUACCUCGACGCAGCCCUGGCAGCCCGAAGCACCAGCAGACCAGAGUGCGAAGAAGAGGAGCGGAGGAAUUCUCACAUGCUCUUCACCCUCCAUAUCUAUCAGUACCGCAUGGAGAAGAGCGGCAAAGGGGGGAUGUCAGGUGGUCGCAGCCGUUUACAUCUCAUUGACCUUGGAAGCUGUGAGAAGGUGUUAAGCAAGAGCCGAGAUGGAGGAGGUUCUCUCUGCCUUUCCCUUUCUGCCUUGGGCAGUGUCGUUCUAGCCUUAAUCAAUGGUGCCAAGCAUGUGCCAUACAAGGACAGCAAGCUGACCAUGCUGCUGAGGGAAUCUCUUGGGAACAUCAACUGCCGAACAACGAUGAUAGCUCAUAUCUCCGAUUCACCGGCCAAUCACGCAGAGAGCCUCAGUACAAUUCAGCUUGCCUCACGCAUUCACAGAAUGAGGAAGAAAAAAUCCAAGUAUGCCUCAAGCUCGUCUGGAGGAGAAAGUUCGUGCGAAGAGGGCCACAUACGAAAGCCACACCUGAGACCAUUUCAUCCAAGGACCAUCGCCCUUGACCCUGACAUUCCUGCACUGAACUUAUCCAGUGAGCCUGAUUAUUCCUCGAGCAGCGAACAAUCCUGCGAUACCGUCAUCUAUGUUGGUCCCAACGGGACAGCUCUGUCAGACCGGGAACUGACGGAUAACGAAGGCCCUCCGGAGUUUGUUCCCAUAAUCCCUUCCCUGAACAAGAAAAGAAACAAAGAUAAUUUUGUUCUGGCUAAAAGCUCAGACAAGGACCAUUUCAAGUGCAACACAUUUGCAGAAUUGCAGGAGAGGCUGGAAUGCAUUGACGGAAGCGAGGAGCCCGUCAAAUUUCCUUGUGGGGAGACUCCAGCUGUACCUUGCGGCAACACGGUUCUAGGAAGCACAGAAAACGGACAGUCCAAAUCGAAACCGUCUUCUCCCUCUGGAGCAUUUAAAAAAGGAGCUUUGCAGGAUCCAGGGCCUCCUAAGAAAGGGCAUAAUGUUUACUUCCAGCGCAAUGGUGGUUGCACAGAGAAAAAAGCCGUUCCUUUGAAAACAGAGCACACCAAACAGCAAACCAUGCUAGAAGGCAACAGAGUGGAUUUGGAUGGGGAAAAAGAGACAGUGACAGAUUCCUAUCAGUUGCCAACAUGUACUGCUUUUAUGAAUCAAGAGCAAAACCAAGCUGUCGCUGAACCAGUUGUAAAAGAGAAAUCUUCGUACGUGAAAAGGCCUUUACCCAGCCCCGCACCUCCACCCCCGCAGCAGUCACAGUCUCUGUUGAACGCCAAGCAGACGUAUCAGCCGUAUGAUCACAGCAACGCGAUCCGAACGCCACCGGUGGGAAUGAGUAAGCAAGCGGCUAGCAAAUGCGAGUCCAGCCUUGAAGGAAGCACAUUUUCAGCAAGCAGCAGUAACAUGGAGCACCAAGGCGAUGGUAUAGAAGUACAUAGAUUCCGGUCCUCCUUCCGGGGGAAGUGCUUUGACCGGGAUAUCCUGACGACAACGGUGACAUUGCAGCAGCCCGUGGAGCUCAACGGAGAGGACGAGCUCGUCUUUACCGUGGUGGAAGAACUUUCCAUCAGCGGUAUCUUGGAUAAUGGAAGGCCUGCCAGCAUCAUCAGCUUUAACAGUGACUGCUCUUUACAAGCCCUAGCGUCUGGCUCUAGGCCAGUUAGCAUCAUUAGCAGUAUAAAUGAUGAGUUUGAUGCCUAUACGUCCCAAGCCAGUGCCUCUGGUGUCAACAUUGACAUUGUGGUGCCCUUUGCUGAGAAUACAUUCUCGAGCUGCAGCAGGCGCUCCUCCAUCAGCUCGUGGUUAAGCGAAGUCAGUAUCUGUACAAUUGGGAGUGACGGAGGCCAGUCGGGGGACAGUUUCCUCGCCCAGUCUUAUGGCUGUGACAAGUCUGAGGAACCUUUUGAGUUGUGUUGUCCUAACGGUCCUGUUCUUUUGAAAGCCACCCUGAACGACAGUGGGUUUUGCUUUUCGGAGCUGGAAAGCGAGAGCACAAAUUCAAGCAAAACAUCUUCAGGUGCGAACAGAAGCCCUCAAAACCCUGACAUUACCAAAGCAUCUCCAACAGAAAGUGCUCUUUGUGUUACCAAUCAGCUAGCAAAAGCGAAGCCUUCUACUUUGCAAAGUACACCAGUGAUUGAAACCAUACACUCCAGUCUUCCCCGGAGAACAAAAACUACCUCAUCUUCAACCCACAACAAUGCCACCCUCGGUUAUAAGGAACUGCAAAAGCCACAUGUGAUGUUUGAAGAUCCUUGGUUGGUUCGUACAGACAAUCACUUGGAAACAAAAAAUGCAGAACCUUUGCUUUCUCCAAAUUCUCAUAUGUUGAGCCCUGAGAAACAUGCGGCAAAAUCUGGCCAACAGUUCGGUAGUUCCACUAGGCCAACGAAAUCCCAGACCAUGCUCGCAUGUUCUCAGAGGGUCGUAGAUGGUUGUGAAAUGGCCUCUAAGUCUUCCAGCGGAGCAGCUAAAAAGUCCGAAGGCAUCACAAAGAUGCCACAGCUCAAAAGAGGAGCCACCACAUUGGGUGUGGUUCCCGUUUCACGUGGCAAUGGUGCAGCAUCUGAAGGCACGAACAGGGGAAGCUCUGAAUCUGGUUUUGCCACCAGUAGCCUGAAAAAGAAGAACGCACAAAAAUCGAGUAUGUUACCCAGGCCAAGCGGGACAAUACCUCCAGCACCUCCUGUCCGUAAAUCAAGCCUUGAGCAGAAAAAUGGUGGGAUACCAAAUGGCGGCGGGAAAGCUACAGGACUGGACUGUGUUCGGGCCACUCUAGGAAGAGCUGAGGAUGAGGGUGAUUUGCAGGGCAGACUUGGGUUGUGUGCUUCCGAAAGCACCAGUAGCAAAUGCAGCCUCAAGGGAGACCACUCUUUGCCAAAAGCAACAUCAAGUUUGAAGGCAAAGACAUCGAAAAGUGAAACCGUCCAUCGUUACGGGAGCCACAUGUCCCUUGAAAGGUGUGAUAGCUUGACAUCUGUUGGAUCCAAGGUCACUCUGACGAAGGAAAACUGCAACGGUAGCAUUAGUAACAGCAGAACUGGUCGAUUGGUCCCAAGGCUGGGAGUUCCCUCUGCCCCUUCUGGUGUUACGUCACCUCCAUCAUAUACCUCACCUUUACCCUGUAAAAAUAAUCAGGCCAAAAGCGGAGUGAGCCAGAAGGCUUCAGCCAGUGGGAAUAAGAACCGCAGCCUUUCAGCCAGUGGGUCAAAAUCCUUGAGCUCCUCGGUGAAAUCUUUAGCUCAGUCUGUUGGGAAGACAUCGAGCAUUCCUCUGAGUGGGAAAACAACCCCACGGUCUGUGCAGGGUGCCAGCAGCAAACCAGGACGGGGAACGAUUAUGGGAACCAAGCAAGCCAUUCGGGCUGCCAACAGCCGCGUUAACGAGCUGGCAUCCGGCAGUUCAGUCAAGAUGGGCCGUUUUCGAGGUUCCACCGAUUCCGAUAGCGGCAACGACAGUGGAAUUAACCUAAGCGACGAGAAAUCACAGGUCUUGGCAUUGCCGUCGCCGUACAGCAAGAUUACUGCCCCGCGGAGGCCCCAGCGAUACAGCAGUGGGCACGGGAGUGAUAACAGCAGCGUCCUAAGUGGGGAGCUACCACCAGCCAUGGGUAGGACGGCUCUUUUUUACCACAGUGGUGGCAGCAGUGGCUAUGAAAGCAUGAUCCGCGACAGUGAAGCCACUGGCAGCGCAUCCUCGGCACAUGAUUCCAUGAGUGAAAGCGGGAUAUCUUCACCAGGUCGCAUGAGAAGUGUGAAAUCUCCAAAGAAAAGAUCUACAGGUUUCCAACGCCGUCGCCUCAUCCCAGCCCCCCUGCCUGAUUCUGCAUCUCUGGGGAAAAAGCAGAGUGUCACCGGCCAGUGGGUUGAUCUUCCACCUUUGCCAGGCACUUUGAAAGAGCCAUUUGAAAUUAAAGUUUAUGAGAUUGAUGAUGUGGAACGAUUACAGCGGCACAGACAAGAGGAAACUGAGCCUUUCCAGGAUGUUGAAAAGGGCCUGAUCUAUUUUAAUACCAAGUUGAAAAUCCUGGAGAGGCGCCAUCAGCGGAUUAGAGAAGUGAAAGCGAAGCACGAGCUCUUGAGAGACGAGUUGGAGGAAACGAAAUGCAGGUUGAUGUUGGAUCCGAACAAGUGGAAAGGAGAGUUUGAGGUUGACCCUGAUCUUGACAAGGAGUCACAGGAUUAUCUGGAGGCACUGGAACUAGUGACUGAUGAAUUGGAGCAAUGUGUGAACCUGUGCAAGUCGCACGUCAUGAUAGUCACCUGCUUUGACAUCGGAGUAAUCUCUGAUGCCCAGGAGGGUGCCCGAGAAGUUGAAGUUUGAAGGUUGUCUGCAAAGGAACUUGAGAAGGUGAAGGCAAACUUUCAAAAGAAGUGGGAAGGGGAGGAAUAGGUGUAUUGGAAAGCAGAGGUGAGAACGGGAAGAUUUAACGCGACAAAGAAUGUUGUCGAAGCCUGAAAAUUGUCGAGAAAUUGGAAUGUUCUAAACCUUUACGGUGCCUCAGCAACCUAUGAAUUGUACAAAGAUCAACCUGAUUUCUCAUAUAAGAAAAAAACCCACAAAAUCUACUAAGAACCAACUCUUAUUCAAAAAGCGGAAGUGCCUUUAAAGUUCAUUUGUGACUUGUUUGUUUUUUUUAUUUUGUACUUGUUGCUAGAAUUGAAACCAGCAAACUUAAACAGACCAUAAAAUGUAUUCCUAUCAAAUAUUUUAUACUGUAUAGUGUAAUUUAUGACUAUAUGUAAAAAAAAACCCAACGAAAUUGUAGCAAAAGCAAUAAGUAAAUUAUGUUUUCAUACCUGAAUUUGCCUCCUUGUUUCACGGAAAAGCUGGUUUAUGUAGCAGAACAAAAAAAAAUUGUAUUAUAAUUGGUUUUUCAUGGUUUAGGAUUUGAGAUAUUUUUAUGAACAUUUAUCUAUUGGAAAGGUGUAUUAUGAAAUUUCAGAACGAUUGGUUUGUAUUCAGUUUUUGUACUCUUCCUUUUUCAGAUCACGAUAAACAUGUUUGUUUUCCAUGUUUUAUAUAUAAAAUAUUAGGGCUGCGACAUUUUGUCGAUUAAUCGGUUAGGUUGAUCGAUUGAAAACCUUUUGAUUAAUUAAAAAGGUGCCUCCUGAUUAAACAGACAUCAGAUUUUUAAAGUGCUUAAAAUUAUUUUUUAAUACACACGUCUACCAAAAACCCUGGAUGGUAGGUGUCAUCUGAGAAGAGGCAAUCCCCCCCCCCCACUGGCCUCUUCUAAGAUGGUAUCUGGUAUGACUCAUGCAUGCAAAAUUUAGAACAAAGGAAUGUUUUUUUCUCCAGAAAUAUAGUUGGUAUUUGUAUGCAGUUUUAAUCUAUUAAUUGAUUAAUCAACUAGAACUCAUAGAAUCAACUUCUUUAAUCAGGUAACAGUCCUAAUAAGUGUAUCAACUUCUUCCACAGGCCACAUUCCUAAAACUGCUUACUUCACAGUGGCCAAAUAGAAGUCAAGGGAGGGGAUUACUCCAGAAGUAAGCAAUGAGAGCCUUGGUAACUAAAGAUCAAAUUAUACAUGACACACAAAUGUUUUUAUUCAAACUCUAAUGAAAGUUUCUUCAAGUCAAAGGUAGCUUGGUAGUAUAUUUUUCAGUGGAGAAGGUAUGGAGAGAGUGUGUUUAAUUUUUCUCCCACCUACUACUGUACAACGCAUACCACCCAAGCUGCUUCUCCCCCAACAGAUUCCUAACAUGUAUGUAUCUUCAAACCUAUCUGUGGAAUGGCUGUGUGUGGAGCGGAAGCUGCUCGAAGAGUAGUUUUAGCGAAAAAUCACCUGGUAGAUAUUUACCGAAAAUUCCACCCAUGACUGAAAGAAACCGCUAUCAGGAUUUUAAUACACAUAUUUGUGUAUACUUUGGCUUUGUUCUCAUUAAUUAACCUCAUUCAUCACUGACCCCCUUUUCUAAAUCUCCUUAACCCAGAGGAUGGCCUCAUAAAGUCCUCUCACUGUAUCCCUCCCAGUAAGGUUUUCCUUUAGAAAAUCCCUACCCUCAAAUGAUCACCCUGUUACCACACAGUAGCUGCAUGGCCAGGAGCAGGGAAUCUUUGUUGGGUUGGAUCUGGCCUAUGGGACUUAUUGCUGACACCUGCCUUAACGUAACCUGAAGAAGUCUGUAAACAACACUGUGGCUUUUUUUCCCUUUCUGAGUGCAGGAACUAAGAAAGUACACAUAUUACCAAAAUCACAAGGAAGUGGGGUAAAAAAAAAACUUUUUUUUUUUUAGUAAAUAUUAAGUUAGGUCCAUAUUUUUGUAUAGUUUUGACAAUAAAUAUAGCAUUUGCAUUUUAUGAACUUUGAAAGACAAAUAUAUCUUUUUACAGUUUUUUCUAAGGAAGGCAAACUCUCAGGAUCGUUUCUAUACAUGCUGCAUGAAUUUUGUGCUUUUUUUGAAGGAAACCACUUUUCAGGUGGAGAUAAAAUUGUUGCCAAACAAGAAUAACUUUUGAAAAGGUUUGAUAGUGUAUGUAAUAAUUGCAUUUCAUAAUGAACCAUAUUUUCUGAUCAUCUUACUUUGUACGGGGUUGGUUUUCCCCCCAAAAAUUCUUUGUAUAAAUGUAUACUAUAACAGCUUGCUUCA